AUCUUUAAGCCCAAUAGAAUAAGAAUCCAACCGAAACUUAUAAAUUCUGUUUAGCAUCUCAUGUUUCAACCACCACCACCACCCAAAAGUGAAUUCGCCAACAGCGACUUGCUUGAAAUUUAUCAGUGAUGGGAAGAAACUCGAGACAAAGGCUGACUCUCGCGCAAUUCGUUCCUCUGCCCGGUCGAGAUUGAUGGGUCUGUGUAGUUCCAAGAAGUUGAAGGACCAAGUUUCUGAUCCUCAAAAACUCCGAGUACAAGAAGUCAUGCCUACUCCGGGAGUUCAUCUGCACAUCCAACAUCAUCAAGUGAUCAUGGAUAAUGGCAUUGUGCAGGUCACGUUAUCGAAACCAGAUGGAAUAGUCACUGGAGUACGGUACAACGGUGUCGACAAUUUAUUGGAAAUCCGUAACCAAGAAUCUAACAGAGGAUACUGGGACCUGGUUUGGAAUGCACCGGGAAGCAAGGGAAUAUUCGACGUGAUUAAAGGUACAUGUUUCAAUGUAAUAGUGGAGAACGAGGAACAGGUUGAACUUUCAUUUGUGAGAACCUGGGAUUUCUCUCUUGAGGGGAAGUAUGUGCCCUUAAACAUAGAUAAAAGGUUCAUUAUGCUUCGUGGAUCGUCAGGCUUUUACUCUUACGCCAUUUAUGACCAUUUGGCGGAAUGGCCUCCCUUUGAAAUUGGUGAAACUAGGAUCACUUUCAAGCUCAGAAAAGACAAAUUUCAUCGCAUGGCCAUAGGAGAUGAUAGGCAAAGGAAAAUGCCACUACCAGAUGACCGGUUACCGGGAAGAUGCCAAACUCUUGCAUAUCCUGAAGCUGUCAAACUUGUUAAUCCUGUGGAUCCAGAGCUUAGAGGAGAGGUGGAUGACAAGUACCAGUACUCAGGCAACAACAAGGAUAUCCAAGUUCAUGGUUGGAUUAGCGGUGAUCCAGCUGUUGGGUUCUGGCAAAUUACUCCCAGUGAUGAGUUCCGAUCUGGUGGACCGCUCAAACAAAGCCUAACUUCCCAUGUUGGCCCAACGACUCUUGCUAUUUUUCUCAGUGCACAUUACGCGGGAAAGGAUCUGGUGCCGAAGUUUGGACCUGGUGAACCGUGGAAAAAAGUUUUCGGUCCUGUUUUCAUCUAUCUUAAUUCUGCAUCUGUGGGGGACGAUCCAUGCUGGCUGUGGGAAGAUGCUAAGAUUCAGAUGAUGAAUGAAGUUGAAAGGUGGCCCUACAAUUUCCCUGCUUCUGAAGAUUUCCCCAAAUCACACCAAAGGGGUAAUGUCAGGGGCAGGCUGUUAGUCCAGGACAGGUAUGUUAGCAAUGACUGCAUUGUGGCAAAAAGAGCUUAUGUUGGGUUGGCUCCACUAGGAGAUGCUGGAUCUUGGCAAAGAGAAUGUAAGGGCUAUCAAUUUUGGACGCAAGCUGAUAACGACGGGUAUUUCUCCAUCAAUAACGUAAGAACUGGUGACUAUAACCUGUAUGCAUGGGUCCCCGGUUUCAUUGGAGAUUACCGGCACGACGAUAUCAUCACUAUUUCAUCAGGUUUGGACCAUGACAUGGGUGAUCUGUUAUAUGAGCCUCCUAGAGAUGGGGCCACUUUGUGGGAAAUAGGUAUUCCCGAUCGCUCGGCUGCAGAAUUUUAUGUCCCUGAUCCUGAUGCAUCGUACAUCAACAGACUUUAUGUGCACCAUCCUGAUAGGUUUAGGCAGUAUGGGUUAUGGAGCAGAUAUGGAGAACUUUAUCCCGAGAAGGAUUUGGUCUAUACAAUUGGUGUUAGUGACCAUACUAAAGAUUGGUUUUUCGCUCAAGUCCCCAGGAGGAAACAGGAUGGUACUCAUGAAGGAACCACAUGGCAGAUCAAGUUCAAUCUAAGCUACGUUGAUCAGAGCAAAUCAUACAAGCUCCGAAUUGCACUUGCAUCAGCUACGCUAGCAGAAUUGCAGGUACGAGUUAAUGAUCCGAAGGCGAGACGCCCUCUUUUUACGAGUGGACUUAUAGGAAGGGACAACUCGAUCGCUAGACACGGGAUUCAAGGGCUCUACUGGCUCUUCAAUGUGAAUGUCCCUGGUACUCUGCUAAACGAGGGGGCAAAUACCAUAUUCCUGACUCAACCUAGAUGCGACAGCCCUUUUCAAGGGCUCAUGUAUGACUACUUGCGUCUUGAAGGCCCCCAAUCUCACCCUUCUGGGUUGAAGUAGAGUUGGACUCGGCUCUGUUUACCAUAGUUUCUUUGGCGAAUGAUGAUAUUCAGGAAAACAGAGGUUGUCUAUUUGACCCGGUAUAGGUUGUGUCAGUAUAUACAGGACAUUCUGCGUCCUCCUCGUGCCGACUGGUGCACUUUGUACUUUCUCGAGCAAUAUUCAUGUGCUCAGUCGAUUUGGCAAAGAAACUGCUAGUAUGUGUCUUCUGAACUUGAGGGCCAUCGUGGGGCCUUUCAGAUGGGAUUGUCUAUAUGCAUGACACUGAAUUUUACCGGCAUUCGUUAUGUUGUUCA